GGACUGGCCUGGCGCGGAACCGUGGGCCAGCAGCGCGCUUCGCAGAUUCCGGAUUAGGAGAGUUGGGGCGGAGCCGGGGCCGGCGGGCUUCGGGCUGGCCGGGGCGGGGCGGAGGGCCGGCCCGGGCGGACCGGGGCCGGUGAUCGGCGGCGCCCCAGCUUCAGGUGUUGGGGUGGCUCCACGUCUCCCGGCGCCUGUGGCUUCCGUGAACCCAGGCCGCCCCCAGCGUCCGGAGUGCCGGCCCUCGGCUCCCGCGAAGCCAUGGCAGGGCCGGGCCCGGGGGACCCAGACGAGCAGUACGAUUUCCUGUUCAAACUGGUGCUGGUGGGCGACGCGAGCGUGGGCAAGACGUGCGUGGUGCAGCGCUUCAAGACCGGCGCCUUCUCGGAGCGCCAGAGCAGCACCAUCGGCGUGGACUUCACCAUGAAGACGUUGGAGAUCCAGGGCAAGCGGGUCAAGCUGCAGAUCUGGGACACUGCCGGCCAGGAGCGAUUCCGCACCAUCACCCAGAGCUACUACCGCAGCGCGAAUGGGGCCAUUCUUGCUUACGACAUCACCAAGAGGAGCUCCUUUCUGUCAGUGCCUCAUUGGAUCGAGGACGUGAGGAAGUACGCUGGCUCCAAUAUUGUGCAGCUGCUGAUCGGGAACAAGUCGGACCUUGGCGAGCUCCGGGAGGUCCCCCUGGCUGAAGCGCAGAGCCUGGUGGAGCACUAUGACAUCCUGUGUGCCAUUGAGACGUCUGCCAAGGACUCGAGCAACGUGGAGGAGGCCUUCGUGAGGAUGGCCACAGAGCUGGUCAUGAGGCACGGGGGUCCUCUGCUCAGUGAGAAGAGCACCGACCACAUCCAGCUGGAUAGCAAGGACAUUGGAGAAAGCUGGGGCUGCGGGUGCUGACGGGGGUGCAGGGCAGGCAGGCAGGGGCUUCCCCUUCUCCUUGCUCUGGUCUGCCAAGCCCAGCCCUCCAGAGCUGGCCCUCCAGGGCACCAGUGAUUCUAGAGCAGCUGGAUAAAGUCCUGGAGUCAUUCAUCCCAUGGCCUGGAUGCUUGAUGGGAAAGCUACCCCGAGGAAAGGAGAAGCAGGAUUCCUCCUGCAGGAGGCCUGCUGUCACAGGGCAGGGUGUGGCCCGCCCUGCCAGUCAGUGGCUGUUGCCUUCACGCUCUUACAUUUCAGGACUGGCCCGAGUUCACAGUGCGGACCACAGCUGGAGUGGGGCCUGGACUGUGCCUCCCCUGCUUUAUACAGACGAGUUCUGACCAUUUCACACCUGUGUCUGCUGCAGCCGUAGCAGCAGGUGGCUGCCUCCCAGGGAUGUGACUGGUGCCCAGGUCAUUCCAGGGCCUCCAUAUGAAGCUGCAGAGAGCAGAGCAACCAGCCCAAUAGGUGGUUUCUGAGCACAGCCCUAACUCCUUCCAGGCCAGGAACCUUCUUCACUGCCAGCUCUAAGCUCACAGACACCAUGGGUCCAACUUGCUGCCUUAGCAAGACCUCUCAAGAUUUCCAUGUAGCUUCUUGUUUUCAUUCACAAAAGUGUAGGGUCAUGGCCCACAGCCAAGCAGGGACUGUCUGCUGGCUUGGGGCCAAAGUUUUGUCACUCAGGUUGCAAAAACAGCUAAUUCUUCAGUUCUGGGGUCUCAGAAGCUUGGGGGUUGGGGAAUGAGAUAGGAAUGUGGGCAUUUAAGGGAAAAGUAAAAUCUUGCAUCCUUGAG